AUGGUUGAUCCUAUCUGGGCCGACUUCCCCGUGUUUCCCGAAGACCUUCAAAUGAACACAAUGAUUUGCUUGAAGAUCGACAACCAGGAAGAUCGUGAUUCUAUCAGAGAAGAAUUGACGAAAGUCCUGGAACCAUCUUCGUUUAUGUUCUUGCGUCGCCUGUCCAAGAUCAGGAUGGUCAAGCUCGAUGACUCUGCUGACAUCUCUGGUGGUAUUACUCUGUCGCACACCGAGCAGGCGAUCGCCAACACCAGUCUACAUCUAGUCACCACCACAAAGACUUAUGGCAAGAAGACCCAACAGUCUGCCUACGUCGUCUUCAGCUUCAUUGCACGGGGCAUGCCCGAAACCGAGCGUAGGAAGGAUAUCACCGAGUCGGUGAUCAAGCUCGCGUUCCCAAUCAACAACAACUGGGAACCUGUCAUCGCCAAGCAAGACAUCUAUGCUUUCUUGCCCUUGUGUUCUUCUGGUCUUCCCUUUCUCAUACAGGCAGACUUCUUGCUUGUCGCCAGUCGUCAGGAGAUCGAAGCUGACCAGCCUUGGAACCGCCACUUGCAGCGUGAGCUGGUGCACGCACUCAUUCAAGCUUUCCAUCAACUCAAUGGUACCCGCUUGAAGUAUGGCUGGCCUGCAUAUCUUCCCAAGGAAGAGCUUUCCUUCAAGUUCUGCGACGCGAUGAUCGACAAGUUCUUCGCUCGUGUAAGCAACACCAAGAUACUGGAAUCUCGAUCAGGCGAACUCUGCUCACCCAAGGUCAUGCUGCUGGUACCAGACCUCUUCAGAGAUACAGAGGGCAAUCCAUUGCUGACGCCCAUCAACGAUCGAUACCUGUCGGCUCAGUAUGAUCUUGGCCAAGUGUCAGUUCUGGUCAAGCAAUCUCUGACUACCGAAAAGUUUGUCGAGAUGCUCAAGACAUACAUCUCCAAGUCUGAGGCCGAAUUCCAGAAUAGACCCGAUAUCUGGCACGAGAAGGUUUGUGGCGUGCUCAUAGCUGACUGGGGCAAAGUUCGGCUCAAUGAACUCUUGCUUCUGCGUGUCGUACCACUGGACAAUGGAAGAUGGAUCAACCCCAAGCCGCGCUUCAAGGGGUCUUACGCCAGACCUCCUCCGCCCAUCGUAUUUUACCUGCCACCUUCAGACGCGAGCUCUGUGAUUCCUAAAGGCGUUUCGCUUUCUAUUGUUGCUCCCGAGGCUGCCCGCAAUGAGACUCGAAGAAACUUCUACCGUAACGUCGGCGCAAAAGACCUUGAUAGCGAAGAAGUUUAUAGAGGUAUUAUCAAACAACACAAGAACGAGAUCCGCAAUGCAGACGUCGAUCUCUUGCUAUCUCAUGCACAGUACGUGUUCAGUCUGCCUUCAGCCGCAAGAUCGGCACAAGACUUGAGAUUCUCCCUCUGGGUCGCUGAUGUCCAAGGUCACCCGCGUCGUGGGUCAGAACUUCACAUGGAUAUCCCUGGAUCGACAUCAACCAAGCCGCCUGUCAGUCAAUACUUCUCAAAGAACCCUUCCGUUGCCUACUUCAUCAAUCCUAAGUACUUGUCCGCUUACCAUGACAAGCCGCAAGUGCAAGUGCGUUGGCUAUCUUGGUUGCAAGACUGCUUGGGUGUGCACAGUAUUCCUCGGCUUGUCGACAGACACAACAAGACUUUGUCCAAGGAGUUUGAGUGGAUUGUCGCAACUCUUUCAAGCCGCGACUGGCUUACGUGUUUGAACGAGAACUGGGAAGAGUAUCAACUGCACAAGCUUCCGAAGGCGACCGACUCUAGGAUUCCGAGUGAGGAAGUUCGUGCAAAGAUUGGUAGCUUGCAGGCCGAUUGCACAGAUGGCAAGACUGAAAAGCUCAAGGAUACCAUGCUCCCAUCAUUGCGGUCUGCUUUCACCACGGUGUCUAUCUCAGGAUUUCAUUUCCUUGAUCUUUUGCAUGAGGACGAUCCACGAUGGUCAAAACUAUCCGCUUUUGGAGUCGUCACUACCAGAGAUCUGAACUUCUGCCUCUUGUUGCUAUUCAAGUUGUCUCGAAGUGCUACUGAGCCUGACAAGUCGAUUGUCUUGAAGAUGUACAGGGAUAUCCAAUAUUACUGUGAGCUAAGUGCCACUGCAAAGGAGAAGACGAUCAAAGCCUUCAAGGAUUAUCCUCUCGUUUGUCUCAACGGUAAAUGGAUCACGCUGACCAAUUGCGUUUGGGACGCACCACGCUGCUUGCACAACGUUCUAUCCCUCGCCUCUCGCUAUGGCCCUGCCAGGUUGCUCUUCAAGUCGGUCCUUUUGGUUCCAGAUGCGGGUAUCGACCACUUUAUUGCUGAGUUGAUCAUCCUCGACAACGACGUCUCAUCUAUGGACAGAAUCAAGGAGAUGCUACUCGAGCUUAGCAUGAGAGUGAAAGUGCAACCCAAAAGCAAGUUGGACGCUUUGAAUCAUCGCAGAAUCUUCCCUGUGGUCGCGACUGAUGGGAAGCUGCAACUCUCGACCGCAGGAGAUUGGCGUUGGUUCAUUCCCGACGCUCCUCACUUGAAGAGAACCUUUAGUGGAGUGCUUCCGCUGCUGGACUAUGAUAUCACCAACCAAGAGAGACUCGAGCCUCUUCUACACCACAUGAAAGUCUGGGACAAGCGUCUUUCACAGAGCGUGAUAGAGCAAGAAGUCGUUGAGGGAAUAGAUGACGCGGUUUUGGAGCAGGACUGGACCGACUCGUUCCAGGAGAAGGUUCACUAUCUGCUGUGUCUUACAAACCCAGACGAGCAUCACAUCAUGAAACCGGUCCUCGAAAGCUUCGAGAUCUAUUCUGUGGAAUCUAUCUCAAUACACCGUAUGGUGGUCAUCAACAACCAAGAGAUCAGAGGCAAAGUGGCUGCAGCCUCCUUUUCUAUUGUUGCCAGAAUCCUCUCUCUCAACAAGAUUUCCAAGAUUGAGGAUAUGCUGUCGGAGAACCAUAUCAAUUUCGAGAAGCGUCGCUUUGAGAAGAUAUCCACCAAACUGGUCGACGACUCCGCUGGAAUCGUGCUUCCGACCAAGACUGUUCGCUCCUCGCGACCUGCCAAGAAUAUCAGCAGUGACAGCAGUAAACCUUCUUCGAGCGAAGUCUCUACGCCAGUCAAUGAGGAAGAGCCUCUUGACAUCCAGCUCCGUCAAGCUCAGAACCAGAAGCAGGCCAAGGCAUCAAAGGUCGCUCUUCCACUCGGCCAUGACUAUCGCAAAGCCCUCGAGCGCGAGGCCAAGCCUAGGCAUAAGCGGGAGCGUAACACCGCUACUGCUACUCAAUCUGCUAGGGGAACUAUGAUUCGCAGUGACGAUGAAGAGUCUAUGACCAUGUCGACCUUCUCUGCUCCUCUCGACAGCUUGGUGAAGUCAUGGAGAGGCUCUCAACGUUCUGGUUUCUCUGCCAAGUCUAGCAACAGAUACGCUAUAUCCGACGAUGACAUCAAGAACAUUGACGAUGAGGAGAGCGAGUCUGACUCUGAGUCUUCUUCUCAAGAGAUCCCUACUUCUCCCAGAGCCUACCGCAGCAAGUACAUGACCUCCGACAGUGGGGAUGAUGAUCAAGUCGUUCGCAUUGGUGAGCAAGGCGAGAUGAAGUACACCGAUCAGCCAUUCGAAGGUGACGACAGCCAAUUUGCCGACUUUACCAUCCAUGAUUCUAGCGGCCGCCUCACUGAGUGGCUGGUCGAGCGUGAAUGCGAGCAGGCUCAAACCUGGCUGGGCAAGAAGGGCUCUGCUGCCAUCACCUACUGCAUUGAGGUCAAGUCUACCUAUGGUCCACACAACGAGCCUUUCCACAUGAGCCAGAAUCAACUCGAAAUGUACCGUGUCCAGGGUGAUGCAGUUCCGGAAAGAGUCUAUGUCAUCAUGCGCGUGUCCAACCUGACUGGCAGAGGCAGCAGUGGAAGUGCCCACGGCGGUCUGACUUACAUCGCACCGGGAGGAUAUCUGGUCUUCUCUGACCAGUAG